GUUCCGUGUCUUAGCAAGUUCAACGAAGUUGUAGACCUAACAGACUAGAUUUGUCCAAUAUAGUAAACCACCGAGUAACAAAGAACAAAAUUAUGGACGUGAACAUAACCGAGAGUGUUCCGGUACCACCAGACCCACUGGCACCGGACGAACCUCUCGCUGAGGAAGAGGAGGAGACCGAGGACAACACGCAGUCUGUGUGGGAACAUGACCCACUUGCAAAGAUCCCCAUCAAAGUGCUGCGGGGUCACACGGACACCAUCAGCAGCUGCCAGCUGGCGUUCAGCGACCAGAAGCUCGUCACCUCCUCGCACGACAAGACGGCCAUCCUCUGGGAUGUGGAGUCGGGAAGACCCCUACGUGUGUUUGAGGGGGGGCACACCGCCCCUGUCUCCCAGUGUACCGUCAUACCCGGGAAGAACAGGCUGAUCACAGCGUCGUGGGAUAAGACUCUACAGGCCUGGGACCUGGAGACAGGACAGAUACUGUGGUCUGCUCCCCAGGAGGGGCUGCUGACGUCCUGCAGUGCGUCGGGCGACGGUGAGGUUGUGGCCUCCGCCUCCGACAAGGUGAACGGACUCUGCCUCACCUGCACCGACACGGGGAAACAGAUCACUUUUAUUAGAGGGCUCACCUGCACCGACACGGGAAAACAGAUCACUUUUAUUAAAGGUGAGGCCUUACCUGAGCAGGGCUCGCCUGCAGCAGAGCUGUGA